UUUUUCAGUUUUGGUUUCACAUUGAAGAGAUCCCGAAAUUUUACACACAGAAACCUGAGAAUCGUGGAAAAGAAAAAAGAAGAAAGGGAAAUAUAGAAUUUUUAAUCAACUUGGAAUAUAUUUGCAGAUUUCACUUUCUGAUGCUUCACUAGUUAUCCCUUCUUCUUAUCGGUUUUUUUGCGAAAGAGAUGACAAAAAAUUCUCCUCAGUUUGAAUCUUUCUUGACGAUCAUGUUUUUAUUUGUUUAAAAUUAUUUGAUUUUUUGUUUUAAGGGUUGAGGAGUUGUAUCUUCGUUGUGUUUGUUUUGAUUGAAAGCUGACGGGUGACCAAAAUUCUGUGCCAUCAUCGAUGCCAGAUAACCGUCAGGCUAAGAGCAAUGCUGUGUCAAAUCAAUCCGGAGACAACAUUGAAGACGCAAUAUGGCGGUUGAAAAUUAAUGAUAAUCAAGAAGGGGGUGGUGUGGCUCAAUUGAGCCCAUACCCAGAUCGCCCAGGUGAGCCAAAUUGUCCAUAUUACCUGAGGACUGGGUGGUGUGGUUAUGGAAGCAAUUGCCGCUUUAAUCAUCCUGCUUAUCGUUCUCAGGGCAUUCAAUUUAGAGAAGAAUUACCGGAGAGAGAUGGACAACCUGACUGUGUGUAUUAUUUGAAGACAGGGACCUGCAAAUAUGGAUCAACAUGCAAAUAUCAUCACCCAAAGGAUAGGAAUGGUGCUGGACCGGUCUCAUUCAACAUUCUAGGUCUUCCUAUGCGUCAGGAUGAGAAAUCAUGUCCUUAUUAUAUGCGGACUGGAGCAUGCAAGUUUGGAGUUGCAUGCAAGUUUCACCAUCCUCAGCCUGCAGCAAAUGGAAACAGUUUACCUGUGACUGGAACAGCUGCAUUUGGAUCUAUGGGGACAUCACUUCUGCCUUCAUCAGGUCUGCCUUAUGCAGGUAGCAUUUCAACGUGGUCAUUUCCAAGGGCACCUUAUGUAUCUGGCCCUCGUUUACAAGGAUCACAAAGCUACAUGCCCAUCAUUGUCUCUCCUUCUCAAGGCAUUGUAUCUGCACCAGGUUGGAAUACCUACAUGGGAAACAUUAGCUCUCUAUCUUCUCCUGGUGGACUUGGAUCCAAUCAUAUCUACAACUCCCAGAAUCCAGGUGACUUAAGUCUGGGCGGGCUGGUGCAAACGUUAUCCCCAUCCAGUCCAAAUUUACCUGAGAGACCUGAUCAACCAGAAUGCCGAUAUUAUAUGAACACUGGAACCUGCAAAUAUGGAUCUGAUUGCAAGUUCCAUCAUCCAAAGGAAAGGGUUGCUCAAUCAACCGUAAAUAAUAUAGGACCCCUUGGCCUUCCCUCAAGACCAGGGCAAGCUAUGUGUCCUAAUUACAGUAUGUAUGGAAUUUGCAAAGAUGGCCCAACUUGUAGAUUUGAUCAUCCGUUUGCAGGAUACUCUUUUAACUAUGGUGUGAGCCUUCGUCCACUAUCUAUGCUGGAUCCAUCUCUCAUGACUCAUCAUCUCAUUCCAACAGCUCCUUCGUCUGAGAAUUCUCUUGCUAUGACAUCAAAAGUUCCUGAUCGGGUACAGAUUUCUGAGGCUGCAAAUGUCAAGCAUCAGAGCCGAGAUAUGAAAAACUCAAAUACAAAGAAUUCAGAUGAUUCAGCUGAGGAGCCCCAUUCUCCACCUCCUUCAGUGCUAGAUUCUUCAGAACCUUCACACGAUCAAAAUUGAGUUCAUUUUGUUCUCAUUUACAUUUUUGUUACUCAGUAUCUUUGAAGUAUAUUUAUGACUCAUACCUCCCACUUCCCCCGUUUCACCUGUGGUUCUGCGGAGUGGUAUAGGCUGUUUGGAGAUUGUGAUGAGCAAAAGUUUGGGGGGGGUGAGAGGAGGAAUUUUUUGUGGUGAAUAAAUAGCAUGCAGGUGAAAAUUUGUAAAAGAUUUCCUUCUUUUUCUGUUGAAAUAUUUGCUCUUUCUUGGAUCA